UUGGUCACUAAACCUUCAGCUCCCCACUGGGAUGAAGUGGGAGGGCCAGGGGCCCAGAACUGGAGCCAGAGGGAGUUCCUAAGCAGGGCCUCAGAAGGUCUUCUGGUCUUUUUCGCUGGAGCCUCUGACUUCCCCUUCCCCUCAAAGGCUCCAGGCCCUAGAGACCAUGGCUCAACCAGGAUGGGGGUUGCUGUUCCUGGGCCUUCUGGCCAUGGCUCAUGGGCUUCCAAGAGGAAAUGAUCUGCUCAAUGUCUGCAUGGAUGCUAAACACCACAAGAUACAGCCUGGUCCAGAAGAUGACCUUCAUCGUCAGUGUAGCCCAUGGAAGAAAAAUGCCUGCUGUACAGCGAACACAAGCAUCGCAGCCCAUGAAGAUGCCUCCCCCCUGUACCGCUUCAACUAUAACCACUGCGGAACGAUGGGCCCGGCUUGCAAACGCCACUUUGUGCAGGACACUUGUCUCUAUGAGUGCUCCCCCAACCUGGGACCCUGGAUCCGGCCGGUGUUCUCAAGUUGGAGGAGGGAACGGGUCCUGAAUGUUCCCCUUUGCAAAGAGGACUGUAACCAGUGGUGGGAAGACUGCCGAACCUCAUAUACCUGCAAAGAGAACUGGCACAAGGGCUGGAAUUGGACUUCAGGGAUUAACAAGUGUCCAGUUGAGGCUGCCUGCCACCCUUUCCCAUUUUACUUCCCAACACCAGCCUCCUUAUGUGAGAACGUUUGGAGUCACUCUUACAGUGCAAGCUCUUUUGGCAGGGGCAGUGGCAAAUGUAUCCAGAUGUGGUUUGACCCAGCCCAGGGAAACCCCAAUGAAGCUGUGGCUAAAUACUAUGCUUUUGCUUCUGCCCCAGGCAUCUUCAGUUGGGGGGCCAGUUUCCCCUUCUUGGCUUUGACACUGCUGUUGCUUCUCUGGGGUUAAUCCUCAUCAGGCAUGAAAUCUAACCAAUCUACAUGCAAAACCAUAGCCAAGAUUUCUCUGGGUCUGAGAUCCCUGGACCCCAGCUUCCUGCCUGACACAGCCUAGCUGUCCUGAAACCCUGGCUUCCCAAUCUGGAUUCUUCCCCCUCAAACCUGAUCGUCCACUUGGAAACCUACAACCCCACCACAUUUCUCAUUCCCCACCCCGCUACUAAGUAGCUCCAACUGUAGUCUCCUACCUCUUCCUCUGCAUAGCAAAAUUCACCGCCCCCCUUCUCUUCUUUAGGGGAAGUUAGAAAUUAUUUCUACCCUCUCUAAAGUAAAGCCCUCCUUGCUCCUUUCAAGUAAGCAUCAUUUUAUUGAUUAUAUUUCUAUCCCUUGUACCUGUUUCAUAUAUAAGUAGGUGAUUAAUAAAUACUGAUUGAUCAAAAAAAUC